GUCAUGCACGAACUUCAAUCAUUUUAUUCUAACCACCACAUAGCAUAUCAAUGUACACUACAAACAACUGUCAACGGAUGCGAGGUUGAGUUGGCAGUAUUAUUCUGGAAUACCUCCGACCUUGGAUAAUAAUCGCAUGCGAUUAUCUAUAAAUCAUAAUGGGUCACUUAAGCAAUGACGAGUUCUUCGUCAAGCUCACCGAGCUCUUCGACCAAAAGAAAGGCAAAGACCACGGCUCCAUAGUUUUGGUGCAGAAGAGAUUAACUCACGAGCAGCCCGCCCUAGAGCCAACAAGCGAAACCAUACUCCCCGACCUCCACCCCCCACAGCCCAUGCCCGUGCUUAUCCGGGCGACAAACGCGAAAGGCAAGAAACGACGUGAGGACAAGAUCAAGUUAUCAACUGUGGUCGAGCCCGACGCUCUCCCCACUUUCUUCGAUAGGUACGCCGAGAUAUGCAAAGCCGGCAUGGCAACGUUGAAGCCGAGAGAUCGUAGUAAGAGGAAGGGCAAGGCCAAGAAGAGGAAGGGUGCUGCUGCACCUGCUGGUUCUUGAUCUCUUGCUUGGAGGAGCUGCAUGGUUAUCAUUACCGCCUUCCUUCCCGUCCUAGAGACUGGCCUAUCAUCUCGUCCACGCGCCAACAUUAUCUCGUGCGUCCCUAGGUUUCUGAAAACCCGACAUCACAUUUUGGGACGAGCCUAUGCAUUCAGAAUAGGCGCCUCUGUAAUCGCCAUUAUUGUAUAUCGAGACGUAUCUACCCGUCCUGCGAGAGACCGGGAUCCAUAGCCAUCUAUUAAGCUUGGGUAGCUAUGAGCUUCUAGGGUAUGGGUAACUUGCUCAGGCGCGAGCACCACCGCCAGUUAGUUAUAUUCGGCUGAGAACCUGAGAUACCCUAAUAAAUGAUACAGAAUUCUUACAAUAUUCUCAUUCGCUCACCUUGCUGCUAGGUGAAUUAUAUCAUGUUCUUGAAGUUUAGGAUGAUGCCCAUUUAGCAGCCAGCUGCUUGUCUUCAUAAUCUUACCGUAGGAAAUAUCUUUGCCCUUGUGCCCCUAGUUCGUCCAACGAGCCCCUCUUCCUACCCCUUUCCUAGAGUGAGCCUCCUUUCUGACACUUAAGCCUCGUGUAUUCUACGACCCAUACCACUUUUUAUCUUUAUAUUACCUAUAUAAAUAGCAUGACCAAAGGAAGCCCAUGCUCUAAGCCCACUUUCGAGCUUUCCGACAAUAGAAAUCAUUUCAAUUUG